UUUUUAUUAUUUUUUAAAAACAUUUUUUAAUGUUUUUGGGUGGUAAUAUCAUUCUCUCUCUCUCUCCUUUCUCUGUCUUAGUGACUGCGAUCACACUCACACCCACUGACCAGAAAAACAAAUGCAAUCCCAUUAAUUAUAUACAGACCCAACAGUUGAUCCAUUCAUUCCGUGAUUUCCAGUGAGCGCAAUCAACACCCCCAAGACAGAUAUUCACGGAAAAAGAAAAAAAAAAAAAUUACCCCCAAGACGGAUCCUCCGGCGCACUUUUCCGUAUCCUGCGCCGUUACCCCAAUCGUACUCUUUGUCUAGAACUCAGACCACUCUAUUUUUUUUUUUUUUGCUCAUUACCCAUGAAAAUAUCUCUUCCAGUCUGCUCAGAGAUAUAAUCGUUUUCGCUUUUUUUUAAUUAUAUUUUGGUUGUUUUUUAGUUUUGUAUUUUAGCUGUUGGGUUAUGGAAACAGGUGGUGGUAAGAAGAAGAAGAAGUGGUUUCUGCCAUUGGUGCUCUCGCUGCUUCUGUCUACUCUGCUUGUGUUUGUCUCCGUUUUCACUUCGUCUAGCUCAUAUUCAUCGCAAUUGUAUAAAACCCAAGUGAAGAAUGAGGUCCCAGUUUUUGUUGAAUCCAAGUUAAGGGCCUCUGCUCCUUCCAGUGACCCAGUACCUAGGUUGGCUUACUUGAUCUCGGGUUCAAUGGGGGAUGGUGAGAGCUUGAAGAGAACGCUGAAAGCAUUAUACCAUCCGAGGAAUCAGUAUGCUGUGCAUUUGGACCUUGAGGCCUCGGCCGAGGAGAGGUUGGAAUUGGCCAAUUUUGUUAGGGACCAACCGGUUUUUGCCAAAAUGGGUAAUGUUAGGAUGGUUGUGAGGGCCAAUUUGGUGACUUACAGAGGGCCGACAAUGGUCACCAAUACCCUUCACGCGGCGGCCAUUUUGUUGAAGGAAGGUGGAGACUGGGAUUGGUUCAUCAAUCUUAGUGCUUCAGACUAUCCUCUGGUGACCCAAGAUGAUCUGCUUCAUACUCUGUCAACUAUUCCAAGAAGCCUUAAUUUUAUUGAGCAUACAAGUGACAUUGGCUGGAAGGAGUAUCAAAGAGCAAAACCCGUUAUAAUUGAUCCAGGGCUGUAUAGCCUCCAAAAAUCAGAUGUAUUUUGGGUAUCUGAGAAAAGAAGUGUUCCAACUGCAUAUAAGCUGUUUACAGGUUCUGCUUGGAUGAUCCUCUCUCGCCCUUUUAUUGAUUUUUGUUUAUGGGGUUGGGACAACCUCCCAAGGAUAGUCCUUAUGUAUUAUGCCAAUUUCCUUUCUUCUCCUGAAGGAUACUUCCACACAGUCAUCUGCAAUGCAGAAGAGUUCCGAAACACGACCGUAAACCAUGACCUCCACUUCAUAUCAUGGGACAACCCUCCAAAACAACACCCACAUUUUCUAACCAAUGAUGACUACCAGAGGAUGGUAGAUAGCAAUGCUCCAUUCGCAAGGAAAUUUGGCAGGAACGAGCCUGUUCUUGACAAGAUCAGUUCUGAUCUUUUAGGCUGCAAUGCUGAUGGAUUUGUGCCUGGUGGAUGGUUAAGAAAUCAAGGAAAUUCAAAUGUGACUCUCCCAGAUCAUAUCAUAACAAAUACCACUGAACUUCGCCCCGGUCCUGGUGCUGAAAGGCUCAAACGUCUCAUCAAUGGUUUGUUAGCUGCAGAGGAUUUUCAUGCAAAGCAGUGCUCCUAACGCCUGGACACUGAGAAAAGAACUGCGUCAGAGACACCAUCUUAUACCUAGUAACCAUGGCUGACAAUUUGCUCUUCAGUCUGAUUAACAAUGGUCCAGGGCUAACAGGAAAGAUGACAAGCCUAUAGGAACUUAGCAGGGAAAGAGAACCACUGCCCUUAUAAAGUAUAUGCUUUAUAUUUACCCCUUAUAUUCAAUACGAUAUUUUUGUACCUAAAAAAGCUAAAUCUAAGAGUCUAGUAAGGAAAAAAGAAUUAUUUGGCUCAUAUAAUUACUAAAACAUUUACACUAUCAUGCUUGAUUUUAAUUCACUUGAUGUAUUGCAUCGUAUGGGCUACGAAAUUAAAGAUAGCCCUUUUACAUAAUAUUAUAUCCUCAUUAUUUUUUA